AAGCGCGUAAAGUGAUAACGGAACGUAAAAUGCCGACAUGGCGUGCGCUUUUCAUUUUCGGCGCGGUUGUGCUUUGCUGUGUGGAUACUAGAACUACCGACGCGACGCCAACAGCCAUUGCCGCCGCCGCCUCCGAAGAACCAGUGCGUCGACUGCGCAAAGCACACAAAAUCUGUGCUCAAGAAAUUUCUCCGCCAGCAACGGAUGAGAGCGAUAACACACAAAUAGCCGGCGCCUACUUACGCUGCAUGACCAACAGUAUGGGUCUGUGGACCGACGGCAAGGGUUACAAUGCCAAACGUGUGGCGAAAUUUUUCAGCAAGCAACGCAAUGAAAAUGAAGUUGUGGUAGUGGUCGACCAUUGUAAUCAACAACAUAAGCAGGCAGAUCUGAAUCUGUGGGCUUUUGAAGCGUAUCGUUGUGCAACAGCGGGACGUAUGGGCACUUGGUUGGGGGAGUACUUGCUAAGUGCAAAAAUAUAAUAAAAUAAAUUUAAAAAAAAUGGCUUAAUUGAUUAA